UUCUGCUUCCCAUUGUUCUUUGCAUUUUCACCAUGAAGACCUCAGGGGUAUCUCUUGGCCUCUUCAACGCUCCAGUUCUCUGUCUCCUCUGGCUAACAAAGCAUGCUGUGGACUCAGUCCAGUUGUCGGCUCCAGAGGUGGUGACAGGAACAUACGGAGGAUCUGUGACAGUCUCUUGUCAGUACGACAGUCAGUUCAGAGACUACACAAAGUACUGGUGCAAAGGAUCGAUAUAUGAGCUGUGUGACAUAGUGGUGAAAACACCCAGGGGGCGACAAAAAGGCACAAGCUCCAUUGCAGAUGAUAAGGAGGCAGGAGUCUUCACUGUCACUAUCACUUCUCUCGGAGCGAGUGAUGAUGAUAUGUACUGGUGUGUCAUCGCCAGACAGGGAAGGAACAUCUUCAGCGGUGUCAAGCUCAGCGUCUCCAACACAGUGAUAACAACAACCACCACGACUAUUCCGGAACAAGAUGAAAUAAGUUGGUGGGCGACGCUGCGUUGGAUCCUCUUUAUUCUAAUGUUGUGUUGUUUGGUAUCAACACACAUCGCUGAGUGGAGGAUAACGACUGCAACAAAAAUACGGCGGCAUCAACAACUUCAAUUUGAAACAUCUGUGGUUGAAAGUUAUAGGUGAUAUAUUAUAUAAUUUAUACUGCAGGCUACAAAACUAUUCCUCCAGUGGACAUUCUAUCAGUGGGUGAAUUAAACUGAGAAAUAAACCAAAGUCAAAAAGUGGCUUUCGGCUUCUUUUUUUCUUAGUAUAAAUGAUUAAAACCUAAAUUAAUUCUGGUGCCAGGGCCUUGGAUAACUUUGGUUCCAACUUUUGAAUAUCCAAUCAUCUUAAAAUUGGCACCCCUGGAGAAGUGAGGCUUUUGGCUUUCAUUUAACAUAUUUUCAGGUCUUAUAUGGACAAUAGAGGUUGAUAAUUUAACCACCAAAAUCAGUCAGUGGUUUAGUGCUCCAAAGAUCUGAAACGUUGCAGAAACGCAAAAAUGAAGGCAAGGUAAUUUAUUUAUACUUGUAAAAAAUCCAUGGGAGGAAUCUGUGAAGUCUGAAAAGGAUUUGAUCUGUAAAAUGUGCUGCAUGGAUGUUUACGCUGUAAAAACAAGGAAAAGACACCAAAAGCCACAAUGCAGAGAUGUGUGGUGUGCGGACAUCUGCCCAAACUGCUGGCUGCUGCUCUUGCUUAAAGGGGUUUACCGGGCCCAGGUGUGUCCCAUGUCACUGAUUACCCUCCAAUAGCUCUGCAGCCACCAACGAACGGAGGAGGGACCGUCACAAAUCAAAGCUAAAUUAUAUUAAAAUCCCCCAGAAAAUGUGACUUAUUCUCUCAAAGAGGCACUGGUGAUUUGUCAACCUUGUCAAGCAGAUUUCAUUACCCUGCCGGUUGUAGCGGCAAGGUAUUGGAUAAUUGUGUCUGCUGGUCUGUGCUUUCAGAGAACAGCACAUAGAGCCGCAUAUAUUCACAGUUUUAUUAGACAAACCUGUACAAUCGAAUGCAAUAAUCCUUAUUUUUUGCAAAGCAAUGUUCAGUUUAUACCUGUCAAAGAGGUACUGAAGUAUUUAGUCUCCGGCAGUGCGUUAUUAGAUUGCAUUAUAUGUUGUUUUUGUUGUUCUGUCACCCUCAUGCAUGUAAAUGAGGGGGGAC